GAAAGGCAAAUUGUGAGCACAAUGGAACAUUAUCACUCUGUUUUUGCAAUAGAGGCUUUCAAAUUUCAUACCCAGCUGCAGAUGAGGUUUUUUGAGAUAGAGAAGAACACGUUUAAUUACACUGCAGGAACAGAAUGAGAUUUGCUGUGUUCGCAACGUUUGGCCUAGCUUUAGCUGUUUCUGCUGAUCGAGGUUCCAACUGUGUUGAACCUCGUUCAAAUUCCAUGAAGUUUUCACUUGUCAGUCAGAAGAACACAACAGGCCAGUGGACAGCCCAGUUACAACUGAUACAUGAUGGGCGUAAGACGGACGAGAGGUCAUCAUGGGAAGUAGAUUUGGAACAAAGCGUCAUCUCUUGUAAUGGCCAGGAAAGAAUCAACCUAACUGCGACUUUAACAGCACCACCUGAACCACCCACACCUGGAUACGAACUAUUUCCUCGUAUGGGCUACUACAAGUUUCAUCCUACUGGUCACAUCUGGAAAGAUGCACUGAGCGUCUGCAUGCAAGAAGGAGCCCAUCUAGCCAUCAUAAACUCGAAAGCGGAGGCCAACCUUAUCAAGGGUCUAUUCGCGAGGUAUCUCGAAGUGAAGAGCAGCACGGACAACAACCACGCCUUCCUCGGGUAUCAUGACCACUACAACGAGGGACAAUAUGAAACUAUAUUGGGACAGCCUUUAAACAGCACGGGUUAUUAUGUCUUCACAUCCGGACAGCCAAACAAUGCUGCCAUUGGAAUUGAUCCCGAUCAAGACUGCGGGGGAGUGACCCGCGAAGGCCUGUUGAACGACUUGCCUUGCAAUACCCGCUACGCGUUCUUCUGCGAAAUGGAGCUGCCAUAGUGACAAGUCAAGAAGAUGGGCAACGUUUAAAAAGAAACGUAUUUUAGAAUUUUUAUAUUAUCUCUAUAUUUUUAUUGCUUAGAGAAUCACUUCUUGAACAGUGUUUAUUCUUGUAGAUGGCUGUCUUCUGAGUUGUAGCGCCGUGUAGUUUGGUAGAAGACUGCCUACGUUUCAGAAGUACGUGUUGCCUCCAUUAUAAUUUCGAUUAGUAAUCACCCUGAUGAUGGAGGAUAAAAGACCUCUAAAACAUUGGUAAACUCCUAACAGACUAUACGGUGCUACAAUCCGGAAGAAAACCACCAUCAUAUCACAGCGAGAAACUGAAAUUUUACUUAAUUUUUACUUUUAUUUUAAUAUUAAUAUUGAAUUGAAUUGAAUUGAAUUGAAUUACCGUUGUACGGUAUUCAUACAAUAUCUGCUUCCUUCAGUUGUGUUAGCGCUGAGAAUAUCGGAAAUUCACACCGUUGAACUACUUAAUUCAACUGAGAGUUAAACCGUCAGAUUGAACCGUUACAAUACAAAUUUGUUCAUUAUCAUGAUCGGUCUAACACCACGAAGCCGCUUAGACCGGAUCACAGAAACUGCCCUUGAUCGUCUUUUGAAAGGGCCGCAGACGUAAUUCACGAACUCUGUAAAUCACUCGUAUUUUCAAGGAACUUCACGUCACUUCCGCCCUCAAAGGCCACGAUAUUUGAUCCUGUUCCGAGGACAGGUUUGGGGAAGCGUAUGAAGCCAGUCACUACUAGUCAGCUCACACCUUAUUAGUCUUACCGAUGUGAAGGAAUUUCCUUGUUCCAAGCUAACUGCCUACAGUCGCGUCUUCAAUAGUGAACAAAAUUGCCAUCACCGUCAAGGAGACGGUGAGUGUCCACAGAGUGUCACUAAUAGGGUGUUGCUUGGGUGGUGGUAACAUUUCUUAACAACAGUUUCUAUUAAGAUUCACACAAUGUAUUAUCACUUUAUUUAAUGCCAUGAUUAUAAUGGCACGGGUUGGAAGGAGAGGUCGAGGCCUAUUUAAGUUUAUAGGACAUAGUAUUGGGCACAGUUAAUUGCCUAAAGUACGUUUGAAACACGCGACGUUUCGGAAUUUGACCCUACUCUUGUCUUCAUGUGACUGUUGUCGCAACAGUAACACCUCAGUGGUUUAGUGGUUUGCAUAUAAACCUAUGAUUCUAAAAGUCCGGGAUUCGAUCCUGAUAUUUGUCAUUAUUACUGUUAAUUCUUACAAAGAAAAAAGAAGUAAAUAACUAAGAUUAUCUAUUUUAUGUUAACAUUGUCCAGGGGUGGGAGCAGUAAAACAACGCCGGGUGUUAAAAUACAAUUAAUAUUUCAUUACCUCUUUAGAAAUUAUUGCCAUAGAUAUAGUCUUUGAAGGACACAUGCGGCCGAAUUAAGCAGUUCUGUACAACUGUAGUUAAUGGUAAGCACCAUUAAGGCAGAAAUCAUAUAAAUUUUACUCUGUGUAUUUCAUGAUGGAUGGGUUGGAGGCGAAAACAAUAUUUAUUUGUGAAGAAAGCAUGAGGCUUUCGUCAAAAUCGAUACUAAUUUGCUCAUUAAAUGAAUAGGAUAUUCUGGGAGGUUUGUUACGACAUACGCGUCGACCAUUUCUUGACGGAAAUAUAUUACGAGACUAAGAAUAUACUGAGGUGUUUAGAUGACAUUCAAGCUGUAACUAAAAAGUAGCACAUGAUUAUAAUCUCAGAGAAACACAGUGAUAAAUAUUGUAUGAUACAGUGGAGGCGUAGCUCCACGCAUUCUUAAACUCAGCACCAGAUGAAGGUGAAUGGUUAGCUCCCGACUUUCGUAACUUUAUUCCUGAGGACGUGGUAUUGAGAAUAAUUCCAGUUAGAGGCUGUAUGGCCCAUAUUUCAAGUUAGAAUUCCUAAUAAAACUAUAUCUGAAAAUACAGAAUGUUCUAUUUAAAACACAACCUAAAUAUAACAGUCUAUCACAUGGGGGAAAACCUGCUUCUAAUUUUACUUUUAUACCGGAGUACGUGACUGGUUUUUGGUUGCUUUGUAAAUGAUAUAUUUUGUACAAUAUUACAUAAUAUAUUAUAAUACGCAAUCGACCUUCGUACUUUGAAAUUAUUCACUUAUAAUGUACUCUUUCUGUAGCUUUCAAUUUUUUGACGUGUGAAAUGAAAGUUACCGAUUCAUGAUUAAAUAUUUUAUUUUAAACUCUAAAUUUGUCUUGUAAUGAAUAAUCACAGCUCUUUUUCUAUUCCCGAAUCUGUGUAUGCAACUAUUCUAUGCAGAAUGUAAUGACAAGUGUUAAGUUAAGUAUUUUAACUUACCCAUUUGAAAUUAAACUCCCGCUUUCCUGUAAUGAUUACUGUUAAUAAAAAUUCACUUUCAGCAAACAUGGAUGUAAUAAAAUAUAACAUCAAUAUUCCAACGUAAUUAUAAAAGUAAUUACGUGAGUACGUGGAUAUUUCAAACAAUAAGUUCAUUCAAAUCAUAUUUAACAGUUCAUUUCGAAAAAAAGUCUCCAAAACAAAUAUCACUAGGGUAAUAAUGAUUAGAGAAAUAACCGCUGUUAAAUGCAUGAAUUGUGUGAAACCAAUAAAUAAGCUCUUUGAGCAAAAUUAAAAAUUACUAUAUGUUACAGAAAGCAGCACGUAGAGUUAUAACUGCGGUUUAAAGGGUUAAUGGUCUGCCAACAGAAAGUAAAUUUAUGAGUAAAAAGAAUCCCUACUGUAUUUCAAGUUUUUAUUGUUGUUCUCAUUAUUUAAUUGAAACAUGAGAAUAAAUUAAACAAAAUAAAUGUUAAAUGUAAUACA